UUCAUAUUGAUUACAAUGUAUCAUUUGAGAAAGGAAAGAAUUUGAGAGUACCAGAGCGUGUUCCAUUCAGGAUGACCCAGAAUGUGGAGCAAGCACUUGGGGUUACUGGCAUUGAGGGUCUUUUCAAACAUUCAUCUGAAGAAGUUUUAAAAAUAAUGAGAAAAGGACGCGAGACUCUACUAACAUUGUUAGAAGCGUUUGUGUAUGAUCCUCUUGUUGAUUGGACGACUGGUAAUGAGGGCGGCUUUGCAAGUGCCUUCUAUGGUGGAGGUCUCAUGAACCCAGUAGUGGCUGACAGGGGACAAAGUAAAAGAGAAAUGCAGAGAGAGAUUACAAUGAGUUUAUUUUCAUCACAUGUGGCUGAGGUUAAAGGGUCAUGGUUUAAAAACAGAGAUGACAUGCUUGCUGCAUUGGCCCUUUUAAAUGAUGAUUUAUCAAGUUACAUUGAUGCUGUCCAAGAUUACCAGUGUUUGGAAGACAUUCAUAGCAACCUAGGAUGUCAGAAGGAGUAUGUGACGGCAGCACAGUCAGACAAAACACACUCCUUGCAUUCCCUAGGUCAAAGGUACAAUGUUUUCCAUGGAAUUACUAGAGCCAAAUGCGACCCAGACAAAAAGAAUGUAGAGUGUUAGGCAGAAUAUAGGACA